AGGUGUAACACGACGGACGGGCUUCAGCGGUCGGGCUGUUCCUCUACGAUCUGAGCGAUGGUUACCGUGUCCCCGUGAACUCUGCCCCUGUAAUAAAGCAGAGCGGCAUAGGGCCCUUCGCCUGCAGAACGAGAUUACUGUCAAAUCCCCCCAAGACCUCCAAGAACAUUCUCAGUGAUUCAGGUGGGUGUUCUCAAUCAUUUGCUAAAGUGAGGUCCGGAUUUCGAUAUCUACGAUCUCUGGACAAGUUGUAACUUACUCUAUUUCCGUUCACCAUUCUCUCUUCAAAGUCAAUUCUUCCAUUCUUUCCUCUUGGAUAUAUCUUAAAUCUCUGCGCCAUUCAGCCCAGUGCAAGGUUUACAUCCACCAUGGCGCCGCCAGCAGACGAAAGUCCAGCAGAAGUCACUUACGCAGAUGAGCCACUGUCCCUCGACGAGCAAGUCAUCGCCAAGAUUCAAGGCGGUGACUUCAUCGUCGACUGGCUCGGCCCAGAUGACAAGGGUUGUCCUCAGAACCUGCCCACACCUCGCAAAUGGCUCAUCACGCUGGUGCUGGCGCUGUACGUGCUAUCGACGACCUUUUCGUCAUCCGUUUUCAGCGCAGCUGCUGGCGUAACUGCCGCUGAGUAUAAUACCACGGUGCAGAACAUGGUCUUUGGCGGUACUUCGCUCUUCAUGCUUGGGUUUGCCGUCGGUCCCAUCAUCUUCGGGCCUCUUUCAGAGCGCUAUGGGAGAAAGCGCCCUUUGAUGGUUGGCUACGUGACCUUUGCGCUCCUCCAGCUGCCGGCAGCCAGUGCCCAAAGCCUCUACACAAUAUUCGUCUUCCGGUUCUUGCAGGGUGUCUUCGGCGCCGCACCGUCCGCUAUCCUCAGCGGCACACUCGCCGAUAUCUGGACCCCGAAGCAGCGGGGCUUCGCCAUGCCCUGCACGGGAACUUUUCUCAUGAUCGGGCCCGUCCUCGGCCCUAUGAUCGGCUCAGUCAUUGUCAAGAGUCCGCUCCUGGGAUGGCGGUGGAUUUUCAACAUCACGGCCAUCUUUACGCUGACCGUCGCCGUGGUCACAUAUCCAGCUUUGGCCGAGACGUAUUCCCCGAUCCUCUUAGAAAGACGGGCAAAGCGAAUGCGCCAUAUGACGCGCAACUGGGCUCUGCGGGCCAAGUCUGAAGAACAGGAGAGCAAUCUCAAUGACAUUGUCGAGAAGUGCCUCUCGCGUCCAGCCAAGAUGCUGUUUUUGGAGCCCAUCCUCUUGUUGAUGUCCACUUACAUCUCCGUCGUCUUCGGACUCAUGUACGUCUUUUUUCUCGCCUACCCAAUGUCUUUUGAACGCGAGCGCCAUUGGGACUCCACCUCUGCCGGCCUCCCGCUCCUUUCCAUCUUGCUGGGCACGAUCCUCGGCGGCGCACUCAUCAUCGCGACAGUCAACACCAAGUUGUCGCCGGAUCCGAAGGCUGGCCGCCCGCAGGAGAACAGGCUGUUGCUGAUGAUGAUUGGGACAGUCUGUCUGCCCGUCGGCAUGUUCUGGUUCGCGGCGACGAGCUCGCCGUCCACGGAUCCCUGGCCGCAGAUCGUUGCCGGCGUGCCUAUCGGUGUUGGCAUUAUCUUGGUCAACAUGCAGGGCAUGAAUUACAUUGUCGACUGCUAUGGAAUCAACUCCAACUCGGCGAUCGCGGCUAACACCUUCAUGCGAUCGCUUUUCGCGUCUGGGUUCCCGGUGUUUGCUACUUCCAUGUACACUUCGAUUGGUGUCGCCCGUGCCACUUCGCUGUUGGCUUUGUUUGGUGUAGUUUUGGCUCCCAUCCCAUUCCUUUUCUAUCACUAUGGAGACAAGAUUCGAGCUCGUAGCAAGUGGUCUCCUUCAUACGGUAGAUGAGGCUAUAAGAUCAUGAAACAAAACAGGUACUGAAUUGGAUACUCUGGCAGACCUGAAGUCAGAGGAGACAACGAUAGUCGGUAGAUAGUUCUAGUAGACGCUCUGCUUGUGGGACGCUUGUGAGGGUGCCUUGAGGUGCGUCGAGGUGGAUUAGAUUGGACUCCAGGACUGGAUCAUCAUACGUGUAUCAAAUAGUCUUCACUGCUGAGUUGGGAACCAUAGGUUGAGAACAUCACACACCAUACUGGAUAACUUCGCGUGUAUUCGUAUCAGCUGAGCUAUUCCCUCAAGUUCCAUUUUCCACG